UGGUGAGAAAGUGGUAAAGAGCGGUCGCCGCCAUGACCUCUAUGGUCGCCAACGGAAACCAAGAUGGGCCGUCGUCGGUGGCGAUCCGAGGGGCGGAUCCUGAGACGUGCAUGAUUGUGUUCAAGAACCACUGGGCUCAGGUGGUGAAGAUCCUGGAAAAACACGACCCGUUGCGCAGCGGCGCCUCGGCCUCCGCGGCCUCGCCGGGCCUGGGCGGCGGACCGCGCUUCGGCCCCGUGCCGGUGGACGAGGCCAGCGCGGUGCAGAACUACGUGGAGCACAUGCUCUUCUUGCUGAUGGAAGAAGAUUGCGGGAAGGCUGGCGCCAUGGGCCCCAUCCUGGAGUUCGUGGUGAUGGAGAACGUCAUGGAGCGCCUGUUCGUCUGGAGCCUGCGCCGCGAGUUCACCGACGCCAUGAAGCUGGAGCAGCUGAAGAUGUACGAGAUGCUGGUGUGCCAGUCUCGCCAGCCCCUCCUGCACCACAAGCCGGUGCUGCGGCCGCUCAUGAUGCUCCUGUCGGCGUGCUCGGGCCCGGGGGGUACGCCCGACGUGGAGGCCCAGCUUGUGCUCCUCCUCCACCAGCUCUGCUGCGUCCUAGCCAAGGACCCGUCCGUGCUGGAGCUGUUCUUCCACACCAGCGAGGACCAAGGCGCCGCCAACUUCCUCAUCUUCUCGCUGCUCAUCCCCUUCAUCCACCGCGAGGGGGCCGUGGGGCAGCAGGCGCGAGACGCGCUGCUGCUCGUCAUGUCCUUAUCGGCGGAGAACCAGCGGGUGGCCGAGCACGUGGCCGACAACACCUUCUUCUGUCCGGUUCUUGCCACGGGGCUCAGCGGUCUGUAUUCGUCUCUUCCCACCAAGCUGGAGGCCUCCAGUGAUGAAUGGCACUGCCUGCAAAGAGACGACUGGCUCCGCAUGCCCUCGUUAGUCCAAUUCCUCAACUCCCUGGAAUUCUGCAAUGCUGUCAUUCAGGUGGCCCACCCUGAUAUCAGAGACCAGUUGUUGGGCUACAUCUACAACGGCUUCCUCGUGCCUGUACUUGCUCCCGCUCUGCACAAGCUGACCCUGGAGGAGGUGAUGACCACCACGGCUUACCUGGACCUGUUCCUGAGAAGCAUCAGCGAGCCGGCCCUGCUGCAGACCUUCCUGUCCUUCAUCUUGCUGCACCGCCACGAGAACGUCCACAUUUUGGACACUCUGGUCAGCCGUAUCAACACACCCUUCCAGUUGGGCAUCGUGUCGCUGGCACUUUUCCGCACGCUCAUCGGUUUGCACUGCGAAGAUGUCAUGCUGCAACUCAUCCUCAGGUACCUGAUCCCGUGCAAUCACAUGAUGCUAAGUCAGCGGCGCGUGGUGCGGGAGCGCGACUUCUACUCGGCGUCGGCGGCCAAGAUCCUGGCCUUGACGCCGUCCUGCUGCUCGCCCGAGCGAAGCCCGCCGCCGCUCCGACAGUUGGAGUCCAUACUCUUCUCCAAAGUUGAAAAAGACGGCGUCUCGGUCGAGGGCGACCCCGCCGGCAACUCCUCCUGCACCAUCGGCUCCGAGAUCUACUUGGACGUCAGCUACCUCCACUACCUGGACGACGCCCACGAGCGCAUCGCCGCCUGCAUGCGGGCGUGCCGGGUGUGGUCGGCGGCGUACGACGGCGAAGACCCUCCUCCGGAGAAAUACCAGCCGGGCGUCCUGGAGGACCCGGCGUCUGGGAUGCGUUUUCUACGGACGGCGCGGCAGCAUCCUCGGACCGGGCUACCGGCCAACCAGUUGGAGCUGGAGUGGGACGACAGUUACGACGCGUGCUCGCCAGGAACUGCCGAACCCAAAGAUGCGCCGAUGUCGCCGCCGCCGCCUUCCGCCGAGCACCCCAGACACAUCGAGGAGAUGAGAAAGUCGGCCAUUUUGCUGGUGAAGGGCUCCUACAUCGAGGAGAACGAGUUCCAGGAUGACGUCAAGGUCUACGAUCUGGUAGCUAAAAAAGACACAGCAGCCGCUGAGGACUCCGAGCCCCGGAAGAACGGACUCACCCAGAAGCGCCUGGCCGAGAAUGGCAAAAGUCCCACCGACUCGGGCGUGGACCUCCUGGCCCAGUACGAGGAGCUCAUCCGGACGUUUGAUGGCGACACGGGCGCUAAAGCUGCGAAAGAGGCAAAGAGUGCCGACGUGGCAGAAGACGAGGAAAUGGACUUCACUUCUUUCUCCGCAGAGACGCCAGACCCAGAGAAGCUGCAGGCGCCGUUUGGGUCGGCGUUCCACGGCUCCGCCAAGAGUCACUCGGCACCUUUUACAGGUCCGUUUGUCAGCGUCCUGUUGUCACGCCUGGAGAAUAUGCUGUCCAACCCGGUGCACGUCAACCUGUUGCUGACGGGCAUCCUGGCUCAGCUGGCCGCGUACCCUCAACCUCUGCUGCGCUCCUUCCUCCUCAACACCAACUUGGUCUUCCAGCCUACCGUCCGCUCGCUCUACCAGGUUCUGGCCACGGUGAAGAACCAGAUCGAGCAGCUGGCUGCGAGCAGUAAGGACUUUCCCGAGAUGAUUGUCGCCGCCCAACAUUGGCUCCUGACCAGGGACACUCUGUAUGGAGAAGCAGACAAAAACAAUCGAGUGCGAGGCGGCGGCAUCCUGAAGAGCUCGCCGCCGCCGCAGCCCAGGACCAUCCCUGCCGAGCGGACCGACGUGUUUGCCGCCGUCCUCUUCAGCGAGUUCCUGAAAGAACUGGCCGCCCUAGCGCAGGAGCACUCCAUCUUGUCUUACAUUCCCAUGGAAGAGUAAUUCAACUCCUUAUGUGAAAUCUUUAUUUUUCUAUCAUCUUUUUAGGCCACCAACCAAAGAUCUAAAAACAAUAUUUAUGGCCCUUUAAUUCAAUUUUCUCAGGGUGGGCGGCCAUUUUGGACUCUGGCCAGACCUAGCGUUAGCGAUAUUAGCAUCAGCGAGCACAAUCCAGCUGUAGUGUGGACUGUCUUCUUCGGCGCAAUGGCGUGGUCAUUUUGAAAACCUCGCAAAUUGCCGUUUCUAUUAAUAUUAUUAUUUCCUAUAUCUCAGUCUAUGAUUGAAGCCAUGUUUCCUUUACUUUCGGUCACUCUGGCCUAUUUGAUGAUUUGUACAUAUUGUCACUAUGCAAAAUAAUACGAAUGAUAAGCAAUAUCGUCUUGUAAGGUGGUCGGGUCAUUGAAAUGUUUCUGAUUUGUGGGCUGGGGUGGGUUUAUUGUGUUUUAUUUAUCAUGACACCAGUUGGCACUGUCUGUUACAAAGCGGUCUUUUCGCAAGCGCCUUUUUAAAAGAGACUUUUGGCAUUUGUUUCCUAUUUCAAAAUAGUCUCCAGGUAUCUUGAUAGCGUCUUGCAAAGAUGUCUUUUUGUAGGGGCGAGCAAUAAAAGACAGUUUCAAUGUUG